AUGGCUCUAAUGAAGGUAAAGUUUGACCUUAAGAAACGGGUGAAGCUGGCCCAGAUGCUAUGGCUCAUGUACUGGUUUUCCAUUAUGGCCGGAGUGCUGGUCUUCAGCAUGGGCCUUUUCUUUAAAAUUGAACUACGCAAGAGAAGCGAACUUAUGGACAACAAUGAGAGUCAUUUUGUGCCCAACAUUCUAAUUGGUGUGGGUCUUUUGGCAUGUUUUCUCAAUGCCUGCGGGGGCAAAAUCUGCUAUGACUCGCUCGACUCCACCAAGUUUGUGAAAUGGAAGUCCGUUUUGAAGCCCUUUCUCAUUUGCUGUUUGUUCUUCAACUUCCUCCUCGUUGUCACAGCAGCUAUGUGUUUUGCCAUGCGCAUUCCUCUAGAGUUCACACUUGCUGAGGGCCUGAAAAAUGGAAUGAAGUACUACAAGGACACCGAUACACCCGGACGCUGCUACAUGAAGAGAACUCUGGAUCUCAUGCAAAUGGAGUUCCGCUGCUGUGGCAAUAACAACUACAAAGAUUGGUUCGAGAUCCAGUGGGUGAGCAACCGUUACCUGGACUUCAGCUCCAAGGAAGUCAAAGACCGAAUCAGCAGCAAUGUGGAUGGAAGAUACCUAAUGGAUGGAGUUCCCUUCAGCUGCUGCAACCCUAGCUCUCCACGGCCCUGCAUCCAACAGCAAAUAACCAACAACUCAGCUCACUACAGCUAUGACCACUACACCGAAGAGCUAAACAUCUGGAAACGUGGCUGCCGAGAUGCUCUUGUGUCCUACUAUGGUGGAAUGAUGAACACUAUUGGGAUGCUUGUGCUGAUGGUCACCCUCUUGCAAACAGGUGUAAUGAUUGGACUUCAGUACGUAAACACCUCUCUGUCCACGCUGGUCAACCCAGAAGACCCUGAGAGUGAGAGCGAGGGCUGGAUCCUGGAGAAAACUGUCAAAGAGACCUUCACUGAUAUCAUGGCUAAGAUGAAGGCCAUGGGCAAAGGCAAUCAAGUGGACGAGGGGGCAAAUGAAGAGGCUGUUGCCACUGAGAGCUGAGCGAGCCCCACCCACCAAACUUUGACCACACCUACCUGAGGUAGAGAGCUGUGGGACGCAGCCUAAAACUGUAACUAUACCACUCACACUACACAAAGUGUAGACAAAGCCAAUUAAUGAGGAACUGGUGAAGAAAACAAAAAACCAAAUACAAACUUUUGUCAGUCAGACAUUUUCCUGCAAUUAAAUUAGUACAUUAGAAUUCCAUAUUAUGGUGAAAUUACCAAAAAACAAAACAAAACGCAUAUUAAUACCCAAAUGAUUGGCUUUUAAAGAGUGGUUUUAAAUAUAAUCGAUCAAAAUGUAAUUUUUGCCAGCUUUGCUUCUCUCUUUGACUUUGU